CUUCUCAGUAGAUGGAACACCCAUUAGAGAGUUCAAGAAUGCAGAGUCAGUUGGUGUUCCAUACCCAAAGAACCAACCCAUGAGGAUAUACUCCAGUCUGUGGAAUGCUGAUGAUUGGGCAACAAGAGGUGGACUUGUGAAGACUGAUUGGACUCAAGCUCCAUUCACUGCUUCAUACAGAAACUUCAAUGCCAAUGCUUGCAUUUGGUCUUCUGGAUCAUCUUCUUGUUCUUCUUCAUCUUCUAAUAGCAAUGCAUGGUUCUCAGAACAGUUGGAUUCCACAAACCAAGAGAGAUUGAAAUGGGUGCAGAAGAACUACAUGAUAUACAAUUAUUGCUCUGAUGUGAAGAGAUUUCCUCAGGGCCUCCCACCAGAGUGUAACAUGUCCUAGAGAAGUAAAACUCAAAACUCACUAUUACUCAACUUUUCCACUGCCACUGUAUUGUAUUUAUGAUAUUCUUUUGUAUGUAACUCGCACAAUUCAAUAAUCUUAUUUGUGGUUGUUGUGAUAAUUCUUGAAAUCAAUAAUAGGGAUUUCUGUUUUCUAUAUUCAUCCAAAACCAAUGAAGUCAUGGAAGGCCCCAUGUUGGGAAUUUGUGAA